CAACAAUCAAUUUCUUUUUUUUUCUCCAUCACAAUCAUCGAUUAACUUACAUCUUAAUCUUUUGUUUGUUUCUGUGUCUUACCUGAAUUUUAAUCUUCUUGUGAUUACAAAGACUCACCCUGAUAUUAACCUAAUAUAUUUCUCAUCAUAAUCUUUAAUCAUCUCUCAUCAUCAUCAUCAAAACAUUUCAUUCACCUUUAAACCAUCGUGAUUACAGUUUCUCUUUUUUUCCUCAAACAUCACGAAAUUUAUCCUCAUCAUCUUCGCUUUUCUGUGAUCAAGAAAAGAAGAGAAAAAAACGCCUUUUUAUCCCGAAAAUUAAAUAUUCUUUUCUCUUUUUCACUUUUGUUUUCUAUUCUCUUCUUCUUCUUCUCUUUUGGUGAUUGAAAUUAAUAAAAUUUCUAUUCUAUUCCAUCGUCAUCAUUAUCCAUUAUUCAUCUUACUGGUCAAUACUUUCAUCUUCUUCCGCUCAUAUAACUGAAAAUUCCAAUUCUCUUCCUAUUUUUAUGUUCUGUGAAUAUCAUCAACUUCUUCCAUUAUUAUUCAUGUAAUGAUAUCAAAAGAGAAAUUUCUAUGACAACUUAUUUCUAAUUCUCUUUUUUGUUUGUAUUCUCUCUCACUCGUUUCUUUCUCUCUCACUGUUAUGUUUUUGAUUGGAAAAAGUCUCUCAGUUAUGUUCUAUUCAAUCUAUUUAAUUUCUCUUCUUGUGUUGACAUUAAACGGUUGCCUUCGAGAUUCUAUUCUACUUUAAUUCUCAUCAUCAUGGAAAUGACCUCUUCUUAUUUUCAAUUGUUCUCUUUCACUUCACCAUGUUCGCAAUCAUCUUUGGUUAAAUUGUGAUCAUUUUAAUCAUCGAUUAACUUUUCCUCCAUUUUUAACUUUCUCUUGAUGAUUUUCAUCAUUUGUUGAUGAUCCUCAACGUUAAUCCACAUUAUGGAUAUUGAUUUAAUCCAAUUCAAAAUCAUCUUUCUAAUUGUCUCCAUCACAUCAUGGUUACCUCAAUUGCUAAUUACUGAUGCCUUAAAAGUUGAAACUAAUCAUUCCUGUGAAAAUGGGCCAGAGACAGGGGACACAAGAAGCCGUUGGCCAGCACCAAUUAACUUUGACCCUUAUGAUGGGCCAUCUUCAUCAAAAGAGUUCACACUUUUGGUUUCAUCAAUUUCGUCAACAACUGACUCAAUUAAAACGCCAAAAUCAUCAAAAUCCAUUAAUCCAACCAAAACUUCACCACAAGUCGAGGCGACACCUCAUAUAAGCCGUUUCAUAGGUGAAGAUGGGCCAGAAACAGGGGACAUAAGAAUCCGUUGGCCAGCACCUCAUAUAAGCCGUUUCAUUAUUCCAACAAGCUCACUGCCAUCAUUAGACCAGUUAUCAUCAUCUAUACAUAGUAAAAAUAUACUUUCACAUUUACCAAGUGCUGAUGAAUUAUUAUCAUCAAAGAUUAUGGUGGAACCUACACCAUCAUUAAGCUCAAGUGUACAGUCAACACCAAUUAUUGAAUUUAUUACUGAUGAUAUUCAGUUAGUUUCUUCAAUUUAUCCAUCAUCAUCAUCAUCAUCAUCUAGUCCAGUUAAUUCAUCUCCCGUUGUAAACUUUGUUGCUCCAUCCUUAAUAUCAUCAUUCUCAUCCAUUGUUAAUCACAGUGAUACUUUGCAUGCUAGUCACACGGUUACUCCCGAUAUACCGGCUAAUCAACAGCAUCCUAAUGGUCAUCAACCUUCCAGAUCUUCAUUAAUUUACCGUGUGAGGCCAACAGUAGUAAAAACACCAAACAGAUUAUCUAAUGGUUAUAUUACAACCAUCACCACCAUUAAUUAUGACAAUGUAACUUUUGACAAAAUUGAAAAACCGACAACUUUAAUUGACUUUUCAUCAUCUUUAGCCAAUCCGAUAAAAGAUUCUAGUGAGAUAAUUAAUGAAACUUCAUUAAGCCAUAAUAUGAGCCCAACAUCUUCCUCAUUUUUCCCUGCACUUUCUGGUACAAUCAGUUUUAUACCAAGUGAUCCGACAACAGAUUCACCAACCACAGACUUUACCUUCACUCCAAUCGAUAAUAUUUAUUAUAACAAUAACAAUGAAACUGAUAACAAUAAUCACCAUGAGGGAGAUUCUCAGAAUCACCAUGGAAUCCCAGAAGCAGCAACAUCAAAUACAACAAAAUGUGAUCCCAGAGAAAAUCGGUUCAUUCAACCAACACCAGAAUCAGGUUUUCUCGUUCGUUCAGUUUUAAAGCGAUAUGAUGACGAAUCGCCAUUAAGUUUGGAUAAUCUAACAACCAUUUUUGAAACUCGUUUAGCUGAUUUAUUUAAUUUAGCUUAUCGUAAUCAACUCAAAGGAUUAAGGAUUCGUCCGGAUGGUAUUAAGAAAGAUGUACAUGUUAAGUUAUGGAAUCUAUUCUGGAACAAUUCAACCAACGAUUUCCACUUAAUCUAUCAAAUUGAACAGGACAAUCAUAAACUUGUUGCUCAAGAUUUACAAACACUACUAAGUCAUAUAUCACCUGAAGAAAUGUCCACGAUCUUGGGUUAUAAUGGAACGAUUAAAGCCGAAGCUUAUGUAAAUACGUCGGAGAGGAAAAGUGGCUUGGCUUCAGUAUUGGAAGAUCUUGAAUGGCUUCCUCUUUUGAUGAUUUUUCUGUCCAUCAUUCUAUUCAUUUUCUGUACACUUCUUACUCUGAUUGUUUGGCGUAAAAAUAGACGUUUGCGAAGCUCAUCUCCAAGUUCGUCAUCGGGUGUCCUGCGUCCACCUGAAUUAGGUAAUACUCGGUUAAAGAUGAGAGGCUCAAUAGCGAAACCCGUUAGUAAACUUACCACCAAAGAGAGUUUAGUUAAUUGGCGAAAAGUUUCUGGUCCAGGAUCGAAAAGAUCAUUUCUUGGAAGCCAUGGAGGAAGUGCUGUUGGUCUGAACAUUUCCGGGGGAUGUUCAGCUACUUCUGGAACCAUUGAUUCAAACCAUGAGUUUGAAUAUUUAUCUUUCGAUUCACCGACAAGCUCACUUAAACUGCGAACAGCUGAAUAUCGGCCUCGUCGUUCUUACUCUAGUUUUGCGAAUCAUGGAUCACAAUCUCGCCUUGAAUUAAAUAAAGAAAAGGUUAUUCCAAUCGGAGAAUUAGAUGAGAUUGCUGAAAUUUCCUCAAACAGUUCUUCUCACGAUGUUACUCAUCCUCAUCAUUCUAAUCAACAAAAGCAACAUGCAGGUUCCAGGAUAACCUAUGUUACCACCAAGGAAGAGAUGAUCGGUGAUUAUGAGAAUCCAUUAAUGAGAUCCGGUGUUGAUGAGGUUGAUUGCUCGGUUCCUCAAUUAAUUCAAGUUCAUAUUUCCGAGCAAACCCAGAAUAUCAUUCAAGCGAUUCGAAGUGAACUUAAAAAAUUUAAUCCUAUUACCGGUACGACUAAUGUGCAAAGUCAAUCACAAUCUAUUCCAAAUCAACACAAAGAAUCAACAAGUGACGCUUAAUUGUAAAUCAUCAAAUAUCGCCAUCAUCAUUAUCAUCAUCAUAACUUUUUUUCUUCAAUCAUAAUUAUCCAUCCAAACAAAAUAUUAAUAACAUGAUAUUUUCUCAUUGUUAAUAUGAUGUUGAAAACUUUGAUUAUUAUCACAUUUCCAAGUGAUUAAAUGUCUGUUGAAUCUUCUUAAUCCACUAAUCAUUAAUAUUAAUUGUAAAUCAUCAUGAUAAUUUUAAACACGUGAUUAAAAGUGUUAAAUUUAUAAAUCAUGUUCACAAUUGUGAAUGAUUCUCAAUAUAAUCAAAUCACAAUCUAAAAUGCAACAAAACAUUAAUCAUAAUGUGCAAUCAAACUGUAAAACUUUUAUACACAAUUAUAUAUAUUUAAUUAUUA